AUGGUAAAGAGAUUUAUAACUAAUAGCAACCAGCAACAGCAGAGCAGCGACUCGAAUGACAGUAAUAAUGAAUACGGCAGUUCUUACAACUAUUCUUCCUCCUCUGCUGCUGGUAGUGGUGUAGCUACUGAAAAAUAUCAAAAUAAACAAAUUUCAUCAUCAUCAUCUUCAGAUGAUAAUAGUCGUGAUAGCACUCACAACAAUAACGAUAGGUUUCAUAGAAAUGAUUCGAGUGAAUUGUAUGAUUCUUUAGCUCGUCCUCCAAAUAUCACUCCUUAUAGCAUGGAUGCACGUUCAAGAAUAGAUAGCGAUGUAUCGAUCACUCCUGAAAUAAGAGCAAGGUCCCAUCAAAGUCCUGGAAAUGAUUAUAAUGGCUAUUAUGCAAGAAAGGAAAAUAGUAAUGGUAAUUUGAAUAAAUAUAUGAAUUACGAUACAACUACACCGAAGUCUAUGAGAUAUCCAAGUGUCUCAAAUCUAAGGAAAGAUAGCUCUUUUAAAGAGGUUGUAAUAGAUUCAACUAAUUAUGACAGAUAUCCAAUUCAUACACCAAUUAAAGGGCAAAAUUCUUAUAUUAAUUUAGAGUCAAAGGUUUUUUCCUCAAGUAAAGAUUCAAAUUCAUCAUUAUCAGAUAAAUUGUUCGAAUCUAAUAUGAAUUCACCUUUCGGUGGCUAUCCAACUUCUUUAUUCCCAUUGCUAUUUGAUGAGAAGGAAGACGAUGAUUUUUUACACAACCCAGAUCCUGAAGAAGAAGCAAGAUUAUACAAAAAAAGAUUUGUGUACGAUUUACAGCAUAUGAGCAGAAGGAGUAUAGGUGGUUGGCUGGGUAUAUUAUUGCUAUUAUGUGGUGGUGCAGUUGUCUUCAUUGUAAUCCCAGCGUUAACAUAUACAGGUUUUGUCGAUCGUGGUGAUAGACCUCGUCAAGGUGGUUCUUCAUCAGGAGGAGGUUCCCAAAAUGGUGAUAAUGAAUAUCUAACAGCUUACACAUACCCACAAUUAGCAGCAAUUAGAACGACGUUAGUUGAUCCAGAUACACCCUCUGCUGCUAAGACUAGAAAGGCUAAAGAUGGUUCAUCAUGGAAUUUGGUAUUCUCUGACGAAUUUAACGCAGAAGGUAGAACAUUUUACGAUGGUGAUGAUCAAUUUUGGACAGCUCCUGAUAUACAUUAUGAUGCUACUAAGGAUUUAGAAUGGUACUCACCAGACGCAGUAACAACAGCACAGGGUACAUUGAAAUUAAGAAUGGAUGCGUUCAAGAACCAUGAUCUAUACUAUAGAUCUGGUAUGAUACAGAGUUGGAAUAAAUUAUGCUUUACUCAAGGUGCUCUAGAGGUAUCGGCAAAUUUGCCAAAUUAUGGUAAAAUCUCAGGUCUAUGGCCAGGUAUUUGGACAAUGGGUAAUCUUGCAAGACCAGGCUACUUGGCAUCAACGGAAGGUGUAUGGCCAUAUGGUUAUGAAUCCUGUGAUGCCGGUAUUACUCCUAAUCAAAGUUCAUAUGAUGGGAUUUCAUAUUUGCCUGGGCAAAAGCUUAACAUCUGUACCUGUGAUGAUGAAGAUCAUCCAAAUCAGGGUACAGGUAGAGGUGCUCCAGAACUUGAUAUUUUAGAAGCUGAAGCUGAUACAACAAUUGGAGUGGGUGUUGCAUCUCAAUCCAUGCAAAUUGCGCCAUUUGAUAUAUGGUAUAUUCCUGACUACCAAUUCGUUGAAAUAUAUAAUUUUACCACCACAACGAUGAAUAGUUAUUGUGGUGGUCCCUUCCAACAGGCAAUUUCAGCUGUGACAACACUGAAUACAACAUGGUAUGAAUUUGGGCCAGAUGCUGGAUAUUACCAAACGUUUUCCAUUGAAUAUUUAAAUGACGAUGAAUCUGGUUAUGUCCGUUGGUUUGUUGGAGACGAUCCAACAUUUACAAUUUAUGCUCAAGCAUUGCAUGAGAAUGGUAAUAUUGGAUCAAGAACUGUUUCUAAAGAACCAAUGUCAAUCAUUAUGAAUCUUGGUAUUUCUAAUAAUUGGGCAUAUAUUGAUUGGCAAUCGAUUUAUUUCCCAGUCACGAUGUCAAUUGAUUAUGUUCGAUUAUAUCAACCAAAAAAUCAAGUUAACGUUAAUUGUGAUCCCACUGAUUAUCCGACAUAUGACUAUAUUCAAAACCAUCUAAAUGCCUACCAGAAUCCUAAUUUAACAUCAUGGGAAGGAGCUGGUUACUCGUUUCCAAAAAAUAUAUUAACUGGUAAUUGUAAAAGUUCAAAAUUUAAAUUUUAA